AUGGCGCGCAGGAUGCAAUCACCCUCCCUCGUGGUGGCCGGGCAUUUGCGACGCAGCGCAGAGCGCACCGAAGCGCAAAGAGGCGUAUCCGGCACCAGCAUGGCGCGCGGUAUCAUGACUCCCACCGCGCCACGCGCAAGGCGCGCUCGAAACUCAGACAGGCAAUGCAUUGCUGGAAAGAGCAAACAGUUGUCUAAGAGCGAUCACAAGCGCAAGCCAGGACGCCCUGCAUGGUACGACGAAGACGACGACGAGGAGCCCAGCUCCAAGCGGAUCAAGAGGGAGUUUUCCGAGAGUGACAUGUCAAUGCCACUUCAGCAGGAAGCGAAAACGUCAGGAGAAGCUGUGAGCUCCGACUGCUGGCUUGAGGAGGCGCCCAAAGAGUUCGGCUGCAAGCUUAAGCAUCACACGGCCUACGACGCACGGAAAGUCAACGAGGAUUGGGACGAGCUUCCAAGUUACGACGAAGCACAGCACAGCGCGAGAGUUGGGUCGGGUGGCUUGUUCGACGGUGGAGAUACGAUGGAACUCCACAAGGAAGCAGAGCUCAUCGAUCGCCGGCUGGAGAUUCUCAAGCAGUUAAGGGAGCACAGAAAGGGUUCGUGCUGCUCAUUGUCACGAGCUCGCGACACUAUCUGCCUCACUGCGCGGUCUCUUGACUUCGUCACGGCCCACUCUUCCAUCCGCCAACAUCCUCCAUUUACCUACACACCACAACAUCCUUGCGAGCCAACCGACGCAAUGAUCGCCGACGAGAUCCACGUUCUGCUGCAGAGAGCGGACGGCAGCGAGGUCUCCGAGGCCAAAUAUCAAGACCAUCGCGACACACACAAAGAGCAUGCUGGUUUCAAGCUUUGCAGCACCCUCGUAGCAGUUGAGCCCGAAGAGACGAUCAGGAUAAAAGUUGUCCUCGGAGAGCACUUCCAGUGGUACGAAGCAGAUCGAUUGCUCAUCACGAUCUCCACUGGCACUCUCGAGGAUCCGGUCAAUGCAUUCCAGACCCGACAGAUUAUCAGGAGUGAUGAGAUCGCUGAUCAAGACUUCGUAUUUGAUUCUCUGCAGUUGUACGAUUGGCAUACGACGGAUCAGAUUCCAGUGGAGUUCCGAAUGCCUCAUCGAACAAUUGAACGAUUUUGUCCCCUUCAGAAUCGCGACCGUAGGACACACUGCUUCGAGUUCAAGUCUCAAACUGCGGAACCGCUCGACGAAAGGAAGCGCCGUGCCAGCAGGAUGGCAAUUGACUAUAGGACCAAGACGCUACGUGCGCUUUGUGGUUUCGGCGGCGUUCCGAGCCAACGACCACGGAAGUUGAAGCGUAGCAAGCUAUCCACCACAUCAGAGUCGACAAUCCAACGCGAUGAUCUGAGGCUGAACGGAACAAAUCAGAAGCUCGACGCAAAGCGAAGCAAGCAUACGAGCAGCCGAUGUGGCAAGGGAGAUACAUUGGCGGAUCUUUCCGUAUCCUUCCGAACCAAAGCCGAUACCAACACUGCGUCUGGUAGAAGUGGAUAUAGCUGCUCUGUGAGUGAGAGGGAUCAGGAUGACGACGAGCCGGGUACUGGGAUCAAAGCUGAACGUACAGAGAUCGGUGGCAUCAACGAGGCGCAACGCCCUUUCGUCGAAGCCCGCGCGGUCACACAUGCCGCCGCAUCCAAAGCUAAAAGAAAGGCCCGGCUAUUGCUACAGCUCAGGAAAGUCGAGUUGGAAAAGCAGGAAGUGGACCUGCAAACGCAGCUGCUGGAGUUUGACGACACGGCUUAA